AUGGCGGCCGCCUCGUCCGCGCCCUUCUUUGGGCUCGGCGACACGCAGAUGCAGCCACAGGCUGGCUCCUCCUCUCUGCAGCAAAACUCCACAGCCGCUCCCGGCGCUGCGGCGCCGCCGCCCAAGAAGAAGAGGAACCAGCCAGGCAAUCCAAGCAAGGUGCAAAAGGGGUUCCAGCGGGAGCAGAACCUGCAGCUGCACCGGCGCGGGCACAACCUGCCGUGGAAGCUGAAGCAGAAGAACCUGCUGCAGGCGCAGCGGCGGCGCGUGUACCUGUGCCCGGAGCCGACGUGCGUGCACCACGACCCGUCCCGGGCGCUGGGCGACCUCACGGGGAUCAAGAAGCACUACUGCCGCAAGCACGGCGAGAAGAAGUGGAAGUGUGACAAGUGCAACAAGCGCUACGCCGUGCAGUCCGACUGGAAGGCGCACUCCAAGACCUGCGGCACCCGCGAGUACCGCUGCGACUGCGGCACCCUCUUCUCCAGGAGGGACAGCUUCAUCACCCACCGCGCCUUCUGCGACGCGCUGGCUCGUGAGAGCGCGCAGAUGCCGUCCCUGGGCGCCGGCCUCUACGCCGGCCCCGGCAGCAUGAGCCUCGGGCUCUCCGGCACCGUCGCCCAGAUGCAUGGCUUUGCAGACCAAGCCGGCCAGUCCUCUUCAGCAGCAGCAGCUGCGCAGUUUGACCACAUCAUGCCAUCUUCUUCGGGCUCCAGCUCCAUUUUCCGUUCUCAGGCGUCGGCCUCCUCGUCAUCUUACUUCCUCGGCGGCGGCGCUCCUCCUGCCGCCCAGGAUUUCUCCGAGGACGGCUCCCAGGGCAGCCAGGGCCCUCUGCUCCACGGCAAGGCGCCCUUCCAUGGCCUGAUGCAACUCCCUGAGCAGCACCACCAGCCGGGGCCGGGCAGCAGCAACGCCGCCGUCGCCAACGGUAACAACCUCCUGAACCUUGGGUUCUUCUCAGCUGGCAACAAUGGUGGUGGCACGUCCGGCAGCCAGGACGCUCGCCUUGUCAUCCAAGACCAGUUCAACGUUAGCGGCGCCGGCGGCAGUGGAAGCGCAGAACAUGGCAACAACCUGAUGCCGUCCCUCGGAAGCCACCUCAGCGGCGGCUUUCCUGCCCUGUACAACUCAUCUCCAUCGGCCGGGCUGGCCCAGAACUCGGCCACGGCGCUCCUGAUGAAGGCGGCUCAGAUGGGCUCGAUGUCGAGCACCUCCCACAACGGAGCGCUGCUCCGUGCUACGGGCUUCAGCGCCGCCAGCGGCCAGGGGACUACUACUGGCAGGGCCGCAGGAGAAGGGACGACGUCUCACGAGGCACACUUCCAUCAGCUCAUCAUGAACUCCCUGGCUGGUGAUGGCAGCGGCACCGGCGGCUUCUCCGGCACUACUGCAGGGUUCGGGGGCGUGGACGACGGCAAGCUGAGCACAAGGGACUUCCUCGGCGUCGGCAGGGGCGCCAUGGCGCCGCCUGGGCUCCACAUCGGCUCCCUGGACCCGGCCCAGAUGAAGUGA